GGAUGCUUAUGAAGAUUUACCCAGUAGUCAAAUUUGCAAGGCAGACAUGUUUGAGGAUGAGGAGACACUUCUCUAUGGUGAGAAGCCUGUUAUUGGAUGUGGCAUUAGAAACCCAGUGGAGAUUCCAUGGGCUGAGGCUGGAGCAAAGAACGUCGUGGAUUCAACUGGAUCCUUCACUGAUAAAGACAAGGCUGCUACAGCUCACUUGAAGGCUGACAAGUAUGAGAAAAGGAGAUUAGUUCUCUCAAGGAAAAGCUUAUACAAGUUUGAGAAAGGAGAUUAGUCAUUUACUGAUAAACUAGAACAUUUUUUUAUUUUGUCAAUAGAUUUUGUAGUAUUGUAGGACGCGUUCCAGGACUUGUAUUAUUGUCUGUUUGUAAUAGUGCUUGUUUCCUUUUGGUUUACUUUACUCUUGGACCUAGUCAGAGGUGGAGCUAGAAGAGUUAGGUAGGGAUUCGGCCAAAUUCAGUAGCUUUAGUUAAAAUUCUAUACUUGUAUUAAAAAAUUUACUGAAUAUGAACAAAAACUGAAUUAAGAACCAUUAUUAAUAGCUGAUGUCAUUAUUCUAGAAUUUAGAACUCAAAAAGUUCAAAUUCUGACUUCACCUCCGGCCUUAGUAUAGUUGUGUUGCUAUGUGUUGUACUUGUGGUUAUGCUUUCUGUUUUGUCUUUGCUGUCCAUUGUCAUCUCAACUAUGUAUUGCAAGUUUGUAGAAACUAGUUCAUGCUUUACAAUAUGCCUGUUGGUUGAGUUAGAUAUUGCACAA